GCGGAAGGGCUCUAUCUGAGGGGCCAAUUACACCGAAACGACACUUCGAAACCGCAUGCGACGGAAUCAACAGGCAGCAGAAGAAACAAACGACCCAGCGCCUUCCGCGAGUGUGCUCCCGAAGAUACACGGCCGACUUCCCUUCGGAACCGCAGCAGCCACAGCGGAAGACUGAGAGAAGAGAUUGCAAUAUUUAGCAUCGCGUACCCUGUAAUGACUGCAUCCGCGAUAUAUUGAGGAGGGAACAAAAAGGGGCGCAACCGUUCACGCGAUCGCCACUUGUGCCCUAAAGUUCCGAGCUUUGACGUCGACGAGCUUCAAGGAUGAAGUGCUUUCUCUUGUUGCUGACCGUCGCGGUGGCGACCUGCGCUCCGAGUCCUGACAGCGAAGGUGUUGCGCUGCUGUCCAAUUUCCUGCCGCGCACUCAAGACUGCGGCCUCAACGAGGUUUGGAAGCAGUGCGUGAGUAGCAGCUGCGCCGAGGCCUCCUGCAGCAGGCCCGUCAUCGGGCCUGCCUGCACGGCCGACUGCCGCUACGGAUGCUACUGCGCCGAUGGAUUCUACCGCAACAGCGAACGAAACUGCGUACGACUGGACCAGUGCCCGCAACAAGGAAGGGGAGGAAGCCCUCGGCCGUCAUGCCCUGAGAACGAGGAGUGGAAGGAAUGCGUGAGCAGCUCUUGCGCGGAGGCCAUGUGUGUGAAAAAGACCAUCGGUCCCAUGUGCACGCUAGACUGCAACACUGGCUGCUACUGCGCCGAGGGAUUCUACCGCGACGCCCAAAAUAACUGCGUCCGCGAAGACCAGUGCCCAGCGUCAGUGUAGUCACGAGUAAACGAGUACUACUGACCAAUAAAGUACGCUCUCACGUUGCAUAGUA